CUUAUCUGUUCUGAAAGAGACAAAACAAGAGUUAAAGAAAGAGAGAGUGGACCCCAAACUGAACCCUCUCUUUUACUUCUCAUUGCUUUUGUCCUUGUUAUUUUUUAUUGACAAGAGUUCAAAAGUCUUGUGAGAAAAAUGAAAGAGAUGAAUCAGAAAAUGGGGACUCACAAGUUCAGAUUUUCAGACAUGAUGCCUCCCUCAUGGCUCUAUAAGCUCAAAGGCAUGAGCAGAAGUAGCAGAAAACACCUUCCUUCUUCUCCCAAACGCCUCUCCACUGAUGCUUCUUCCUCAAGAAACACUCUUCGUCUUUCUUCAUCUCCUUAUCACCCUCAAGGCUCUUCUUCACCGCCACCAAAAUCUCCUUUCAAGAGAAAACUCAAACGUAAGACCGUUUACAAGCCUUCCUCUAGGCUCAAGCUCUCUUCCUCUUCCUCCUCCUUCAACCCUCAUGUCCCUCUCACCACUUCUCGUAAUCAUCGCUCUAAACCAACCUCUUCAAAUGCAAUCAUUCUUGAGCCUUCUCUCACUUCUUCUCGGGAUCAUCGCUCCAAGUCAUUCUCUGCAAAUGCAAACAUUGUAGAGCCUUCUCUCACUUCUUCUCGGGAUCAUCGCUCUAAACCAUCCUCUGCAAAUGCAGUCUCUGAUUCCACCGUUGGAAGCUCGUCAGAUCCUCUGUCAUCAUCUCCUUCUGACCAAGACUAUCUUGAAUCUCAUUCAGUUGACGUCAAGAACAACCAUUCUGUGAAGAAGCAAGUUUCUGAAGAUCCUUCAGUCACAUACAACUCUAGUCCUGACUUGUCUGAGACUAUAAAGAAACCACCUCUUGAAAUAAAGAGACAGCAGAAACUGAAGAAACCGAAAGCUGGUUCAACAGGUAUAAGGAUUCGAGCUAAUUCACCAAGGAUCGCCAGAAAGAAGACAAAGGGAAGAACGUCCCCACAACCAAUGAUGAAGAAUGAAACAGCAGAGAGUUUCGCUAUAGUUUUGACUUCAGUGGAUCCAGAAAAAGACUUCAGAGAAUCCAUGGUUGAGAUGAUCGUGGAGAACAAGAUGAAGGAACAGAAAGACCUGGAAGAUCUUCUUGCAUGUUACCUUUCUCUGAACUCAAGCGAGUAUCACGACACAAUCAUCAAAGCCUUCGAGAAAACAUGGUUUCAUUUGACUCGCUCUAUGUAAAACCAAAAGGCAACUUUAUUGAAACACACAUGUAACCUUUUUACAUUUUGAAACCAGCAAGUUUGUUUAUCCGCAUUAUUACUAUAGACAUUA